AUAACAAAGAAACCACCAAAAAUGGAAUACUUUUCACAGUUUCUUCCAAUUUUAGCCCUUUUCGUUUUUGUUCUAAUCUAUACCCACAAAAGAAGCAUAAGAAACCACCCAAGAAACCACAUCAAACCAGUUGCUCCAGAACCAUCAGGUGCACUGCCAUUUAUAGGUCACCUGCACCAUCUUCAUGGCCAAGCUCCGGUGGCCCGAAUCCUCGGAAAAAUGGCCGAUGACUACGGCCCGGUUUUCUCUCUGCGGCUCGGUAGCUAUCGAGCAUUUGUGGUGAGCAAUUGGAAGAUGGUAGAGGAAUGUUUCACCACAAAUGACCGGAAUUUUGCAACUAGACCCAAUAUGGCGGUUAGCCGGUACAUGGGCUAUAACCAAGCCGUUUUUGCACUGGCACCGUAUGGACCGUAUUGGCGAGAGAUUCGGAAGUUGGUUACUUUGGAGAUGUUAACGAGCCAGCGGUUAGAAAAGCUAAAAAAUGUUCGUAACUCGGAAGUGAAGUGGUUUGUUAACGAGCUCUUUAUGUUGUCGACCGUAAAGAAUGGGGACCAGAAAGUUGAGAUGGUGAAAUUGUUCGAGAAUACCAUGUUCAAUAUAAUUGUACAAAUGUUGGCCGGAAAAAGAUUUUCGAUCGGGCGUAGCGAUGAAGGUGGCGGUGAAGACUUGAGGGUGAAAGAAGCGAUAAAGAAAGGGUUGUAUCUUAGCGGCGUUUUUGUUGUGUCGGAUGUGAUUCCGAAUCUGGAAUGGAUGGAUAUCGGAGGGCAUUUGAAGGCUAUGAAACAAGCGGCAAAGGAGCUCGAUAACAUCCUCGGAAAGUGGCUUGACGAACAUGUCGAGAAGAGAAAGGAGUACGGUGGCGAUAAAGAAACCGAUUUCAUCGAUGUGAUGUUGUCAACCCUGUCGUCGACAGAUACAGAAAUGUUCGGCCACGGGCGUGACACCGUCAUCAAAGCAACGACAUUGAUUCUCAUUUUGACCGGUUCAGAAAGCACUGCCGAGACGUUAACAUGGGCGCUCUCUUUACUAUUGAACAACACUCGUGUCCUACAAGCUGUCCAGAAAGAACUGGACACCCAUGUAGGACGAGAGAAAUGGGUGGAAGAAUCWGAUAUWAAAAACYUACSRUAUYUACAAGCCAUARUKAAGGAAACACUWMGRAUGUACCCACCAGGYCCSUURGCGGGACCUCRUGAGGCCAUUGARGAYUGYAAUAUCGGKGGMUAUCAUGUCUCYAARGGGACACGYUUGAUUGURAACGUGUGGAAGCUACAUCGCGAUCCACAAGUCUGGUCAGAUCCUCAUGAGUUUCGACCAGAGAGGUUUCUUGAGGAACACUCAAACGUAAGUUAUCAGGGUCAGAAUUUUAAAUACAUUCCAUUCAGCUCCGGAAGAAGAAUGUGCCCUGCAAGCUCGUUUGCUUUGCAAGUUAUUCAUUUGACACUUGCUCGGUUACUUCAAGGGUUUGAUUUGUCAACACCAAUGGGGAUGCCCGUGGAUAUGAGCGAGGGCUUAGGAAUCGCAUUGCCGAAGGUGAAACCGCUUGAAGUGGUCAUCACUCCACGACUUUCUUCGGAGCUCUAUGAUCAAACCCUCGAGACCAAUCAGAGGAUUUGAUGCAGCCACUAGUCGUACAUAUAUCGACAAGAUGAAACCUCAAACACAAAUGUAUUACUAAGAAAUAAAACGUACCCUAAUCGGUUAUUUCCGCCUUAAUUAUUCGGACCGAAUAGUUAUUGAAAGUUUGCUUCUUAUGUAUUUUCAAACUGUAGUA